CGUCAUACGAGCACGCGCGUAAACAAGCAAGAUGGCGGCGCCGGUUGUCUCGGGGCUCACAGGCGAACCGGAGAUACUUCCGGGGAUAAAACCAAUCUAUGGACAACCCUACUAAUGCGGAGACUGUCCCGAGAAAUCGGUGACGUCAGGCCAGCUUUGUUAAAAGGCAAAAAUACAGGCUACGAAUUAACAUGGCUUUGAGACCGUACUUUACGAAGAUGAAAUUUGCACAUAUUUGGCUCAAAGUGCUUUUGAUGUUUCUGUUUUUAAAGAAACAUCAAGGCACCAGGUUAGGGAAUUCAUCGUACGAGACAGUGUCAUGUGAAGGUUGCUCCCAGCUCACUCUUAAAGUCGAGUUCUCAUCCGCAGUAGUUGAACAUGAAUACAUAGUGGCUUUCACUGGUUACUAUACUGCCAAGGCUCGGAACAAGUUUAUUUCCACUGCACUGAAAAGCAGAGGUAUCAGUGACUGGAAGAUUGUGCCCAGGAAUAAUCCAGCCAGUGAUUACCCUAGUGAUUUUGAAUUAAUUGAAAUCAAGACAAGCCAGCGGGAUACUGUACUGACUUUAGAGGAUCAUCCCAACAUCAAACGUGUCACACCCCAGCGUCGUGUCUUUCGUUCUCUUAAGUUUGUAGAAAGUGAAAUGCCUGCACCUUGUAAUGAGACUAAGUGGAGCCAAAAAUGGCAGUCCUCCCGCCCACUUCGUAGGACUAGCCUUUCCCUCAGCUCUGGAUUUUGGCAUGCUACUGGGAGACACUCUAGCCGGCGCCUCUUAAAAGCCAUUCCUCGGCAGGUUGCUCAGACUUUGCAAGCAGAUGUGUUAUGGCAGCUUGGAUACACAGGCAGUAAUGUUAAAGUUGCAGUUUUUGACACUGGGCUAAGUGAAAAACAUCCACACUUCAAAAAUGUCAAGGAAAGAACCAACUGGACCAAUGAGAAGACUUUGGAUGAUGGACUUGGACAUGGGACAUUUGUGGCAGGUGUCAUUGCCAGCAUGAGAGAAUGCCAGGGAUUUGCUCCUGAUUCUGAGCUUCACAUAUACCGGGUCUUCACCAAUAACCAGGUGUCAUACACUUCAUGGUUUUUAGAUGCUUUUAAUUAUGCCAUUUUAAAGAAAAUUGAUGUUUUGAACCUGAGCAUCGGGGGACCUGAUUUCAUGGACCACCCCUUUGUUGACAAGGUCUGGGAGCUCACUGCUAACAAUGUUAUUAUGGUCUCUGCCAUAGGGAAUGAUGGACCACUUUAUGGAACACUGAACAAUCCAGCUGACCAGAUGGAUGUAAUUGGAGUUGGUGGCAUUGAUUUUGAAGACAAUAUAGCUCGAUUCUCAUCACGAGGAAUGACUACAUGGGAGUUGCCUGGAGGAUAUGGAAGAAUGAAGCCUGACAUUGUUACUUAUGGUUCUGGGGUUCGUGGGUCCGGCUUGAAAGGUGGCUGCCGCUCACUUUCAGGAACAAGUGUUGCAUCUCCAGUUGUUGCUGGGGCUGUAACUUUGCUUGUUAGUACUGUUCAGAAGCGGGAAUUGGUGAAUCCAGCUAGUAUGAAGCAGGCCCUUAUUGCCUCAGCACGCAGACUUCCAGGUGUCAAUAUGUUUGAACAAGGUCAUGGCAAGUUGGAUCUUUUGCGAGCUUUCCAAAUUCUAAAUAGUUACAAACCCCAAGCAAGCUUAAGUCCAAGCUAUGUUGACCUGACUGAAUGCCCUUAUAUGUGGCCCUACUGCUCCCAACCCAUAUACUAUGGAGGAAUGCCAACAAUUGUAAAUGUUACAAUUCUAAAUGGUAUGGGAGUUACUGGAAGAAUUGUGGACAAGCCUGACUGGCAGCCAUAUUUACCACACAAUGGGGACAAUAUAGAGGUGGCUUUUUCCUACUCAUCAGUGCUGUGGCCUUGGUCUGGUUAUCUCGCUAUUUCUAUUUCUGUGGCAAAGAAAGCAUCUUCUUGGGAAGGAAUUGCUCAGGGUCACAUUAUGGUCACAGUUGCAUCUCCAGAGGAAAAUGAGUCCAAGAAUGGGGCAGAACAGUUCUCCACAGUGAAACUACCGAUUAAAGUUAAGAUCAUUCCCACUCCUCCUCGCAGCAAGAGAGUUCUGUGGGAUCAGUAUCAUAAUCUGCGUUACCCACCUGGAUAUUUCCCUCGUGACAACCUAAGGAUGAAGAAUGAUCCUUUAGACUGGAAUGGGGACCAUGUGCACACCAACUUCAGAGACAUGUACCAGCACCUAAGGAGUAUGGGCUAUUUUGUAGAGGUUCUUGGUGCACCAUUCACAUGUUUUGAUGCCAGUCAGUAUGGAACAUUGCUGUUGGUUGAUAGCGAGGAAGAGUUUUUCCCAGAGGAGAUCUCCAAACUACGCAGAGAUGUGGCCAAUGGACUUUCAUUGGUUGUGUUCAGUGACUGGUACAACACAUCUGUAAUGAGGAAAGUCAAAUUCUAUGAUGAAAAUACCAGGCAGUGGUGGAUGCCUGAUACUGGAGGUGCUAAUAUACCAGCUUUGAAUGAUCUACUCUCUGUCUGGAGUAUGUCUUUUAGUGAUGGCAUAUAUGAAGGGGACUUCACAAUGGCCAAUCAUGACAUGUAUUAUGCCUCGGGCUGUAGUAUUGCAAUGUUUCCAGAGGAGGGUGCCGUUAUCUCACAAUCUCUUAAGGACCAAGGUCUUGAAGUACUAAAACAAGAAACCUCUUUGGUUCAAAAUGUUCCAGUACUUGGAAUGUAUCAAACUCCAUCUGAAGGAGGAGGUAGAAUUGUUCUUUAUGGGGACUCUAACUGCUUAGAUGACAGUCAUCGUCAGAAAGACUGCUUCUGGUUGAUGGAUGCUCUUCUUCAGUACACAUCCUAUGGAGUGAUGCCACCAAGCCUCAGUCAUUCAGAAAACCGUCAGAAACCUCCCUCAGGAGAAGGAAUUACUCCCCCAGAGCGACUGGAAGGCAACCAUUUGCAUCGCUAUUCUAAAGUGUUGGAAACCCACCUAGGUGACCCUAAACCACGGCCUUUACCAAACUGUCCACAUCUUUCCUGGGCUAAACCUGUGCCCUUAAAUGAAACAGCUCCCAGUAACCUGUGGAAGCAUCAGAAGCUGCUAUCUAUUGACCUGGACGCAUUGGCUCUACCUAGUUUCCGCCAAAAUCGUCCACAAGUGAGGCCACUUUCUCCAGGAGAGAGUAGUGCUUGGGACAUUCCUGGAGGUAUUAUGCCUGGACGUUAUAACCAAGAUGUGGGCCAGACCAUUCCAGUUUUUGCAUUUCUUGGGGCCAUGGUGGUCCUGGCAUUCUUUGUGGUGCAAAUAAACAAGGCCAAGAGCAAGCCAAAGAGACGGAAACCACGAGUAAAGAGACCUCAAUUAAUUCAACAGUUGCACCAACCAAAGACUCCAUCAGUUUGAGCUAAACCAUUCAGAAAGUAUGUAUAUGUGCAGCUGUGUUCUGAUCAACAUCUUCCCCACAGUUCACUGCUUCCGGCAAAGAGAGGUAUAUGGAAUUGCUAUAAUGCUCCCUGGACAAUGACCUCUUUAUAAUGAGUACUGACUCUUAACGUCAAAUGAAGAAAUCUGAUCUAAUACUGACCAAACUGAGACCUAGUGGUAUUGUCUCAAUGUUUAUAUUUAUUAUGAAGAAAAUACCCUUAUGGGCUCAGUUCUACCAAAAAAAGGGGCAUUGGGGUAGAAUGCAAUAUUGUUUGAGGACCUGUGCUUGGCACAAACCAGAUCAUGGGAACUUCUGGUGGUCCGUGACUUUAUUUUUAUAAAUAUCUCUGGCAGUUUUGUAAUUCUUUGUCAUUAUUUCACCGUUGUUGGUGGAAUGAAUUUUCAAUAAAUAUGCAUCAUAUAAUGAAGCAAAAUGUAUAAAAUCU